GUCAAGUGAGGCAAUUUGUUAAAACAAGUGAGAGAGUAAGAGCAGCAACAAUGGAGAAAUUGAAAUCGCUGAUUCCUGAAGAUCUUCUUCAAACGGUGAAAUCCAGCAGUGUCGAUGAUCUUCUCACCUCUACUUCUUCUCUUCUCCGUUUGCUUCUGGGUCUUCCUCAAUUUCACCAAGCGGUGAGUGAGUUAGCGGAUCCUGAAUUGGGUUGCUGUGGGAAGAACGAGGAGACCUCUCUGGACUUGAAACGUAGAGGAAAUCUCUGUUUUCGCAGCCGAGAUUUUGUCGAUGCUUUGCGUUUCUACUCUAAGGCUUUACGUGUUGCUCCUCCAGACGCUAUUGAUGGAGAUAAGAGCUUACUUGCUUCUCUGUUUCUGAAUAGAGCUAAUGUCCUUCAUAAUCUUGGACUUCUCAAAGAGAGCUUGCGGGACUGCCAUCGUGCUCUUCGGAUUGAUCCUUGUUAUGCAAAGGCGUGGUAUAGGAGAGGGAAACUUAAUACUCUUCUUCGAAACUAUAAAGAUGCAUUUCGUGACAUGGAAGUUUCUAUGUCUCUUGAGUCAUCAUUGCUGGGGAAGAAGCAGCUACAAAAUGAACUUAAGGCUAUUCCUGACUACCAGAAUAAGCAAUCAUCAGAACAUGAUGAAUAUCAUUCAAGCAGUUAUGCUGACGUGGAUCAAUUGCCGAGUGUGCAAAUGGAAGUAAAGCUGCGUUGUGUGUCAACAAAAGAGAAAGGAAGGGGUAUGGUAUCAGACUGUGAUAUUGAAGAAGCUUCUGUGAUACAUGUAGAACAACCUUUUAGUGUGGUCAUAUCAAAAAGUUGUCGGGAAACACAUUGUCAUUUUUGCCUGAAUGGGUUGCCUGCUGAUACUGUUCCGUGUCCAUCAUGCUCUAUACCAGUGUAUUGCUCAGAGUCCUGCCAAAUUCAAUCAGUUGGAAUGUUAUCUACAAAUGAGAUGGAAAAGCAUCUCAUUUUUCAGAAUCUGCCUGAUGAUAUUGUUGAGCAUAUAAAAGGCGUUACAUCAGCUGAUAUAUGUUAUUCUGAAACUGAUUGCAUUCAAGAACACCAGCAUGAGUGUCGGGGAGCCAAUUGGCCUGCUGUACUGCCAUCUGAUGCUGUUUUAGCUGGUCGAGUUAUAAUGAAGUUAAUAAAUCAUGGGAAAGCAGAUACAGAUCUUUCUAACCUUCAGGAGAUAUUAGAACUUUCCCAUAGCUACUCUAAGAUGAAUUCAGAGAGCAAGUUGGAGCUGCAUCUACUUUCCAUAGUAUUGAUUUGGUGCCUUAGUAAAUCUAGCUGUCCUAAUCUUUCGGUCUGUGAAGCUUCUGUGUCACAGACUAUCAUACUGCUGUCACAAAUCAAGGUGAACUCUAUAGCAGUUGUCCGUAUGAAAUCCAGCGACGAUUCUUUCAAGUGCAUCCCAUCUGGAAACGUCUCAGCAAAAGAGCCGAUUCAGAGUUUAGAGCAGAUAAGAGUUGGUCAGGCUCUCUAUAAAACUGGAAGUUUGUUCAAUCAUUCAUGCAAGCCAAACAUCCAUUUGUAUUUCCUUUCACGUGGACUUGUUAUGCGAACAACAGAGUUUGUUCCCAUGGGUUGUCCCCUUGAGCUGUCAUAUGGUCCUGAGGUCGGAAAAUGGGACUGCAAAAAUCGCAUUAGAUUUCUUGAAGAGGAGUACUUUUUCCAUUGUCGGUGCUGUGGCUGUACUCAAAUUAACAUAUCUGACCUAGUCAUCAAUGGGUAUUGCUGUGUUAAUACAAACUGUACUGGUGUAGUUUUAGAUAGUAAUGUGGCCACAUGUGAGUCCGAGAAGUUAAAUCAUUUUUCUACUGCUCCAAGAAACCUGGAUCAGCAAGUUCAGGUGAGGGAGGUGUAUGCUGAUGUUGAGGAAGUGGCUUCAAGUUUGCUAAGUAAACCGAGAGGUUUCCUUCAUAUAGAACCUGAGGUAUGUUUGAAAUGUGGCUCCCAUUGUGACAUAGAAAAUUCUCAUGCAGAGGUGAACAAAGCUUGGAAUCACAUGAGAAGGGUGGAAGAGUUGAUGAAUACAGGACGGGCCAAUUAUUCUGUAUUAUCAGAUUGUUUAAGGUCCAUCGCCGUGCUUAGAACUUUCCUGCACAUGUAUAACAAAGACAUUGCUGACGCAGAGGAUAAGGUUGCUCAGGCGUGCUAUUUAGCUGGAGAACUGGUAGAUGCAAGAAAGCAUUGUGAAGCGUCCAUUAAGAUUCUGAAGAAGUUGUAUGAGGAUGAACAUGUAGUGAUUGGAAAUGAAAUGGUGAAGCUUGCGUCGAUUCAGCUUGCAUUAGGUGAUUCAAGUGGAGCUUGGGACACAACAAAGAGAUUGUCUAAGAUAUUCUCAAAGUAUUACGGGUCACAUGCUGAGACUCUCUUCUCUGAUCUCCCGUGUCUUAAGCAAGAAGCUGUCAAAGCUGUGAAUUUGUCAACUUCUUAACCCAAAAAGUUUGUGUUGUAAUAGCUUUGUUAAUACAAAAAUAUUAGGCCGGUUUAGUUUUUCGUUUUCCUUGCCAGAAACGAUGUCGUUUUCUUUGACUUAGGGUUUUAACUAGUUUUUUGGACUUCUAAGGGGGUGUUAUUGGUUUGUGAUUUAAAUAGAGUUUUAAUGACUUUAAUUGUUGUGUAGAAUCUGUUGUUAUUCAAUCAAGAUUUUGUUAAACUCUCU